UCUUCCCUUCCUUCUCCUUUGUCCCUAUGUUCCUAAUUCCCCAAAAUCCUUUCCCUUUCUCAACUAAAUUCAUUGACUAAAAUCGUGUCCGAUGCGCUUUGUUUUAAGGGCUAGCUAGGGUUCCAAGCAAGUGAUAAUAUGGCUAAACUACUGAGGAAGAUGGUAGUGCUUUUGAUGUUCAGGCUCGACUGGAGAAAGUUAAUUUCUAUCUUUGUGAUUCUUACAGUGGUUAGUGUUCUUAUACAGAUUUCUAGACUUCCUUAUCCACUGUCUGAAUUGAUUUUUCCACCACCCACCUUAGUUUCAUCCUAUAAAUCAUUCAACUCCGCAAUCUAUUUGGCUAAGCAGCUCCAAACUAAUAAUGAAAAGGGUUCUCCAAUGAUUCUUCUUAAUUCUUCCCACCAACUGAAUCAAUCAAUACUGAGUUCUAAGAAGAAAUGGGAAGAAUCUCAACAGAGAAGGAGAAGAAACAAUCUAACGUCGACCAAUACGUUUGCUCCAUCUUCACAUCCUUCCGUUAAAAAUCUACCUAGUCGCGUAGAGAGAUAUCUACGGUCUUUGGCACCAGAUGAGGCACUUGCAUUUAUCAAAAGAGAUAUUGACAAUGCCCCUCUAGAUAGUACCGAUGAUCCAGAACUAUAUGCACCACUGUUCCGGAACAUAUCCACUUUUAAGAGGAGCUAUGAAUGGAUGGAGCGGAUAUUAAAAGUGUAUAUUUAUGGAGAGGGAGAAAGGCCUAUUUUUCAUCAACCUGAACUUAGAGGAAUUUACGCAUCUGAAGGAUGGUUUAUGAAGUUAAUGGAGGAAAACAGGCAAUUUGUGACAAAGGACCCUAAGAAAGCUCACUUGUUCUACCUUCCAUAUAGUGCACGACAGUUACAAAAGGCUCUGUACGUUCGCAAUUCACAUAAUAUGAAGCCAUUGUCAAUCUUUCUUCGGAAUUAUGUGAACAUGCUUGCUGCAAAGUAUCCAUUUUGGAAUCGCACUCAUGGAUCUGACCAUUUUUUAGUUGCUUGCCAUGAUUGGGGACCUUAUACUUUAACGGAGCACGAGGAGCUCACGAAAAACACUAUUAAAGCCCUGUGCAAUGCAGAUGUGUCGCAAUGGAUUUUUAAUGGUGGAAAAGAUGUUUCACUACCUGAAACCUAUAUAAGAAAUUCUAGAAAUCCUAUUAAGUACCUCGGUGGAAGAAAAGUGUCACAACGCCCGAUUCUUGCAUUCUUUGCAGGUUACAAUCAUGGCCGAGUCCGUCCAGUACUUGUCAAAUAUUGGGGUGACAAAGAUGAGGAUAUGCGGAUUUAUGGCCCGUUACCCAGUAGAGUAUCAAAAGUAAUAUCUUACCGUGGACACAUGAAAUCGAGCAAGUAUUGCAUUUGUCCCAUGGGCUUCGAAGUCAACAGUCCAAGGAUCAUUGAGGCCAUAUAUUAUGAGUGUGUUCCAGUGAUUAUUGCUGAUAAUUUUGUUCCUCCAUUGAACGAUGUUCUUAACUGGAGUGCAUUUUCUGUCAUUGUUGCAGAAAAAGAUAUCCCCAACCUAAAAAAGAUACUCUUAGCAAUACCUUUACGUCGAUAUAUUGUAUUGCAAACCAAUGUGAAGAAGUUGCAAAAGCAUUUCAUAUGGAAUGUGAAACCUACUCGAUACGAUAUGUUCCAUAUGAUUCUACAUUCAAUCUGGUCUAGUCGAGUAAACCAUAUUCAGAUACUUUAGGCAUUGUAACUUUCAUGGUUGGUUUUUUCAAUAUUUUGGAGCUAGUUGUAAACCGUGAUAGGCUUAAAGUAUGAGCUUAAUUGAUGUAACCUGACCGUCAUUAUCCAACUUGUAACUCAAUUUCAUUUGUUUGUA